AGCUGCAAUUGGGCUCUAUCCGCGGCAGAUCCUAGAUGAUGUUGAUCCUUCUCCUUAGCUUUGGCGGUGCCUUUGGAUUAUCUGGUGAAGUCGCUGCACCUGUCCUCAAAUGCCCUUCGAUAAGACUCUCAAGCGGUCCCGCUUUGCAGACAACCUGGCAUCCUGAUGCAACACCAGAAACUGUCGCAGCCUUCCAGGCAGCGGUACCCUUUCAAAGUUUGGUGUACCACACAGUCUCGUCUGGGCGAAACCUCGUUGUGCUCAUGCCUACUCUGCGCAAUGAGUUCAAGAUGGGUUCGACGCCAGGAAAUGGACUGAAAGCUCGCAGUUUGUCUCAGGCAGGAACCCUUUUCCUCCGUCAUGACCAAAUGGUCGUGCUGACAUAUGGCACAAGUCGGGACCAUGAAUCCUUCAUGCCACCCAUACUCUCUGUGGUUGCAGAGGAUUUGCCUGCGUUGGAGGAUUUUGGCAAGAAGGUUUGGGCAGAACAAUUGCAUGGCACAAGCAAAGAGCCAUUUACGCUCACCUUCACCUUUGGGGAACUUGCCGCUGGGCCACUUUUCAAAGAUGAACUCACUGGCAACCAUGCGGUUGACGAUGUAGUGGCGGUCAUUCGAUCCCGGACGACCGACCACUGGCUGGUGGCGCCGCAGGAACUGGUGAAGCUAAUGUUCACAGGAGAUGCCCUUGGUCUGGAGGGUACUGAAGGCUACAUCUUCCCUCCAAUGGUGAUAGCCAAUGGUGUUUUCAUGGUGCUCAGCACCUAUGCGCACAGUGGAGUGGUGAACUCUCUUGCUUCAUUGUUCGACGAGGGCGUUGCUUUGAAGGAUCUCCACAUCAUCAAGCGAGUCGUCAACAGAAUUGGGGAUUCCAACCUCCCUUAUUUGCGAUCGCUCAGCCUUCACAUGAUUUGUGACACAUUCAAUGAGUUCUUCUCUGCUUUCAACCAAGCUCAGACAGUCGCUGAAGUGAAUGCCUUGCUCGGUGCCAUGUCGUUGUUUGGAGCGGUGGUGCAUGGCUGGUUUGUGUAUUUGUUCCCCUAUCGUCUUGGAGUGGAACUCCGUCGAGCGCCUUCUGACAUGUUCAAGAUACAGCCACUGAGCGAUCCCUCUGUACCAUUGCGGUCUCGAGACGGCCGAGGGCUUGGGGUGGCGACAUGGCACGUGGGGAGUCCGGAGGACCGAGAGCAAGUGAGCAACAUGCAUUUGCCCGCCAGCUUGGCGGGAAACGGAAGUCUUCCGCUCAUUCUUCGCUGGCAGCCGUCCAAGUUCUCGCUCGCCCAUUUAGCAGUGGCAGCUCGGGCAAAGAUCGAGGAGCAUUCGUCAGGAGCCAUACUAUUUCGUGGCCUUCCCCUGCCGACGUUUUCGGAUGCCAGUGACUUCAUCGCUGCUCUCGGCUACGCCAUUUACCCUGACCCGAGCGGUCGAGAAAAGGUGGCAGACACGCUAUGUCAUUCGUCUCUGGCUGUGGAGCCGGACAUUAAUAUUGCUCCCCACCAGGAGCACAUUGUGUCCAAACAGCCGCCAAGCAAGUUGGUCUUAUAUUGCCAGGCUCCGUCUCCGGAGGGUGGUCAGACACCCCUUGCCCACGCAGGAAAUGUUUGGGACUUACUGCCGGAAGACACCCGAGAGCAAUUGCGCCGUCGGGGUGUGAAGUUUGAGAUGGUGAGAGGAAAUGCCGCUCAGCCAGGCAACCCUGUCCAGUUCACAAGGAGUUGGCAAUCGCAUUUUGACACUGAUGAUUUGACAAGUGCCAUCAAGAAAGCAUCAGAGCAGUUUGAUGGCGAGGUUGACGUGGAUGAGCAUGGCAACAUCUUAAUGCGUAGCGGACUUCUCCAAGCAGUACACGAGGUAGAAGGAAGGGAGAUCUAUAGAUCGCAGCUGCAAAAUAUAUACUCUCUCAAGUGGCUCUGGGGAGAUUCGGAUGAGUACAUCAAUGACAAGAUCUUGGAGCAUGUUAUGAGCGCAGUUUGGAAUGCUGCUACAGUGUUCCAGUGGCAGGUUCGGCUUCCGAAGGUUUCUGAAGGGCUCUGGACGGUCUGCGUGUCCAUUGGAUCGAAGCUGCCGCGGGCGAUCUCCUCAUCAUCAACAACCAUGUGGUGCUGCAUGGGCGUUUGAGCUACACAGGUGAAAGGUUGAUGGGUGUGGGUCUAACGCGCGAUUGAUGCCAACGACCACUUUGCUGUGACACGGACAAUGUGAACGUGCACAAAUACUCUGCCCAAGUAGCCGUUCGUUCUGAUCUUGC